ACGACGAGACAACUUGAGCAUCAUUAUAGGCCUAUAUGACAUUUAAGCAAUAUGCAAUUCGUGUUUCUAAACUUGAUUUCACCGUGGAUUUGAGCAAGGGCACAUGAUACAUCUGUUGGUUUUGUCAAAGCUAAGUUUACUUAAAACUGAAAUUUCAUCAGUAGAACUACUUACAUCGAUUCGUGAGAGUAUUGUUCAUCAUGUGGAAACUGCUGGCCUGUGUUCUCAUGGCCUCUGCGUUGGAGGCGCGUGAUCUACGGAAGAGACAGACUAUAUGUUCAAAUGUGUGCGACCUGUCCCGCUGCUCAUCUGCUCUAGAGUCUUGUUAUUUCGGCGUGGUGAAGGACAGAUGUGACUGUUGCACGGUGUGUGCAGCGGGAGAGGGGGAGUAUUGCGGCAAGCGCGAACAUGCAAUUUGCGGUCAGGGGAUGACCUGUGAAUAUCGCACCAGUGCGCGCGGUACGUGCGUGUGCGACUCCCACGAGCCAGUGUGCGGCAGCGAUGGGAGAACUUAUCCCAGCAUCUGUCGACUGAAAGCUGAGAACAGACGGGCUGAGAUGAGCAGCAUACCUGCUGUCAUUUUCAUCCAGAGAGGCCCCUGCGACACCGGUUCUCGAAAUCCAAGCAGCAUGCGCUACAAAUUUAACUUCAUAGCAGAUGUGGUGGAUAAGAUUGCCCCUGCAGUGGUCCAUCUAGAACUGUUUACUAGGCUUCCAUUUUCCAACCAAGACGUCCCUGUGUCCAGUGGUUCAGGGUUUAUAGUGUCAGAGGAUGGGUGGAUCGUCACCAAUGCACAUGUACUGUCCAAUAAACAACAUAUCAAAGUGGAGCUAAAAAAUGGCAUGUUCUACGAUGCCACAAUCAAAGAUGUGGAUCAAAAAUUAGACAUUGCUCUCAUUAAGAUCGACUCAGAGACUCCCCUGCCUGUGCUUUUACUUGGUCGUUCUUCAGACCUGAGGCCAGGAGAGUUUGUAGUAGCCGUGGGAAGCCCGUUUUCCCUUCAAAACACAGUGACCACGGGUAUCGUCAGCACUACCCACCGAGGAGGUCAUGAACUUGGCCUGCGGAACUCUGAUAUGGAUUAUAUUCAAACAGAUGCUAGUAUAAAUUACGGAAACUCAGGAGGACCUCUUGUAAACUUGGAUGGGGAUGUUAUUGGCAUAAACACGCUUAAGGUUACGCCAGGAAUAUCAUUUGCCAUUCCCUCGGACCGCAUACGCCAGUUCCUUGCAGACUCCUAUGACAGACAAAGAAAAGGAAGAAUGCAGACUAAAAAAAGAUAUAUAGGAGUGCGAAUGCUUCAACUUUCAGCUGCUUUGAUUAGGGAGCUCAAGGAGAAGGAGAGCAACUUCCCAGAUGUGAGAUCUGGGGUGUAUGUGUAUGAGGUUAUUCCAGGGACAGCUGCCUUCAGCGCUGGCUUGCUCAACCAAGAUGUGAUAAUCAGCAUUAAUGGACAAUCAGUGCACUCUACAGAGAACGUGAGUCAGGCCGUGCAGUCAGACAAAGUUCUGUCUUUGGUGGUGCGACGUGCUAAUGAAGAAAUCACACUAACAGUGGUUCCUGAUGAAGUGGACUGAAUCUUGCUAGUU